AUCAUGUUGCUCUGACCAUGCAGUACACAGAGAGCACAAGGGGCCUGGGCCAAGAGGGAGGGGGAAGUUACUGGAAAAGCACCAAAGAUCAUGGGAAGCAGGUGCAGAGGCCCAGGGGUGUGGCUGAUCCAGGACAGUUCCAGGUCAGACAUUUAAGAGGAGUUUCCUGAGCCCCGAGGGGAGGGAGUUGAUGGAGACAUCCCACUUAGGACUGAAUGUUCCAAGGUCUCUCACUCUGCACAUUCUCCAGUUGACCAGGACGAGGCCCAAGGCUGGGGGCGAGUUAGAGACUGCGCCUACACCCACUGCUUUUAGGCAGCACAGGAAAAAAGCAACUGAUUCCCAAGUCCCCAGGAAAAAUCUAAGCACCUUCGGCGUCGAGAGUCCGCGCAGGCGCGCUCGGCUCUCUCGCCUUGGCCAGCGCGCAGGCGCGUACGCACCUCGGUCGUCUUGCGCCGAAAACACAGGGCUGCCGCGGGCCGCUUCUGCUUCCGGGUCACGGCUUGACAGCGGCUUCCCGGACCGAGCUCUGCCCACGGUUCGGCAGUCUGGAGCAUGUGAACAUACUCUGAGCCUUGAUGAGUUCCAGUAUGUGGUAUAUUAUGCAGAGCAUUCAGAGCAAAUACUCCCUCUCAGAACGCCUGAUCCGAACAAUCGCUGCCAUCCGCUCCUUCCCACAUGACAACGUAGAGGACCUCAUCAGAGGGGGAGCAGAUGUGAACUGCACCCACGGUACACUGAAGCCCCUGCACUGUGCCUGCAUGGUGUCGGAUGCCGACUGCGUGGAGUUACUGCUGGAAAAGGGGGCGGAGGUCAAUGCCCUGGAUGGCUACAACCGGACAGCCCUCCACUAUGCCGCAGAGAAAGAUGAGGCUUGUGUGGAGGUCCUGUUGGAAUACGGUGCAAACCCCAAUGCACUGGAUGGCAACAGAGACACCCCGCUUCACUGGGCAGCCUUUAAAAACAAUGCUGAGUGUGUACGAGCUCUCCUAGAAAGUGGGGCAUCCGUCAAUGCCCUGGAUUACAACAAUGAUACACCGCUCAGCUGGGCUGCCAUGAAGGGAAAUCUUGAGAGUGUCAGCAUCCUUCUUGACUAUGGUGCUGAGGUCAGAGUCAUCAACUUAAAAGGCCAGACACCCAUCUCCCGCCUGGUGGCUCUGCUGGUUAGAGGACUUGGAACAAAGAAAGAAGACUCCUGCUUUGAGCUCCUCCACAGAGCUGUUGGACACUUUGAAUUGAGGAAAAAUGGCACAAUGCCAAGAGAAGUGACCAAAGACCAGCAGCUCUGUGAAAAACUGACUAUGUUGUGCUCAGCACCAGGAACUCUUAAGACACUCGCCCGCUAUGCUGUACGCCAUAGCCUGGGUCUCCAGUACCUGCCCGAUGCGGUGAAGGGCCUUCCACUGCCAGCUUCUUUGAAGGAAUACCUGUUACUCUUAGAAUAGCCUGGAGGAGACAUGUCCGCCAUCAUGCAGACAACUCCGGGUGAGGUUUUCUUUGCAAUACUGUCUCUUUGUCAUGGAACACAGAAAAGAACUUGUUUCUAUGUGUGGUUUAUAGAUUUUUGAGGCAGCACAUCACAACAGUAAUGUGUGCACCAUCUCCCCUCUCCAUACUGAGCAACCAAACCCAAAUAAGAAACUUUCUGCACUUC